ACAGCAUGACCUGCAUGUGUGUCUCAAUGACAGACAUGUGUGUUUUAUUAUGGUGAAUAUAACAUUCAGAUUACGGUCUGUUAUUUAAAAGACAGUGAAAUAAACAAGGUAAGGUAGAGGAGCUCUGUGAAGAUGCCAGCCGGUGUGUCUUGGCCUCGUUACCUGAGAAUGUUAGGUGCCAGUAUGCUGGCCAUGUUUGCAGGAGCACAGGUCGUCCACCAGUACUACCUACCUGACCUGACUAUACCAGAGGUCCCACCAAAGCCUGGGGAGCUGAAGACAGAACUGCUGGGCUACAAAGUCAGAGAAGAAGCGUUACAGCAGCUUAAAGCAGAACAAAAGGUGGACUGAUAAUGAAUAUACGCCCUCUGUGUGAUGGACAAACUGAAUCAAGCACUAUAUCCAGAUUUUGCCAACAGCUGGAGGCUGCAACGUGCCUGGGAGUAAAGUCUUUAUUGGGACAUCUGCAAAUGGAUAUUUUCUGUGUUUGUUGUUUUCUUUCAAUGGAGCAAACAUGAGUGGAAUAAAAAUGCUUCACACUCGGGAUGAGGAUCCUUUCUGAAACUAGAUCAUAUGGUUUAUUUAACCAUUUGUAUCCGUCUGUCUUUAAUACAUCUCUUCAUCCUAUUUGAAUGUAUUUGCAUUUUCAGACAGAGUGAUGAAGUUAGAGAACAUUUUUAUAAACACACUGUAACUGCAAAAGUCAUUGAAUAAUUCUAUGCUAUUCCAAAAAUAUGUCUUUUGAUUGCUUUUUUCCUCGAGGAGACGCUUUUAUUUGAAAUAAAGAUAUCACACCAAA